AUGGGACAGACGCUGUCGAGUAGCGAUGAUGGAAAGAAAUGGACACACGAGGAAUUAAGAAGGGCGCUGGCAGCCAAAUUCCUCGAAAAGUGCUUUACCCCUAUCGAAUCAUACUCCCUCAAAGACAACUUCAAAAGCCUGGCCGACGUCCAGCAGAAUACGCUGUACCUAAGCGAUGAUGUCCUCGCGCGUUUCCUCGAGAUCCCCGAUGUGCUCCAUGUCUCGCCGGUUCUGUUCCAGAUGAUGUCCAGCGUGGGGGCAUUCCCCUGUCAGAGAGAUGCGCCGGUGAUCUUAGGAUUCGAAGAGGUAGUCAUAGCCGUCACUCUCCUGACAGCCAGGUGGGCACGUGUCUUGUCAAAGGGUGUCUCUGCCAGAAAGAAGCUCCUAUUCAAGAGCAUGGCCGUCUAUGACCGGGCACACGACGCGGUAGAAGACGCAGCAGGUGAGGAUGACCGGACAAGAAAGGAGGAGGAUGACAACGACCACAAGACCACGGAACAUGACGACCUGGUGCUGUCGGCCCUGGAUGCGCUCCACGUUGACGACGCGUUCAAGCUCGGCAACAAGGAGACCAUUCACGGGGCCUUGAUCCCGGCUGACAACUUCAGGCGGCUUAUCACGCUCCUCCUCCUAAUGGCCCCAGUGGCCCCAAAUGAGAGAAUAUCGCGAUACCCCGUAGAGAUCGAGAGCCUUCUCUCAGUUGCAGAUAGCACCCUUGCUUCGUUUGUCAACGUCGAGAGGGCACCCGGCAUUAAUUUUAAGGCAUUCAGUCGAGUCAUGGACCUACUUCCGCGCAUGCUAGACCCUUUGAACACACUAUUCGAACACUUCCUUUUCUCCAGGAAUCUCGACUUUACGAAGCAUAAGAACCAGAACGACAGACCAGCAGAGGCAUCCAGUGAGGCUGAACAACCAGCCGCCCCCUUACUCCCACAAGCUGGGUCCAUUCUGAACCACGCUACAUUAUCACAAUUGUCCUUCUUCAUCGACGGCUCGACUCUCUUCCACCGUUUGAGACUGUUGUAUUCGGGAGACCGAGAUGGCUUCUCCAUGGGCUCCUUUGAGAGCGGUGUCUUCAACUGGCGGGCUCCUAGCAUCCUUCUUGUUAGAGGUAGCCGUAUACAUAGCUCUCCCGGCGACAGCAGCUCACGCUUCCCAGCGUCCCUGCCGCCCAGACGAUUUCCAGACGAGUCGACCUCGGAUAACGUGACUUUUGGCCUCUACGUAAGCCAGCCAUGGAAGGAGAGCCACAAGCAGUGUUUUGGGGACACGGACACUACUCUCUUCCAGCUCGAACCCAUCCAAGACAUCCUGGCAGCCUCGAGCGUUAAUAGGGAUUACGUGUCAUUCCUCAGAACAGGAUCAAGCGGCGCCAACGCAGGUGUAGGGGCGGGGAACCCUCCGCCCAAAGCUUCGGCCUCGCACAGGACGACGAACACCACACAUCUCGGGUCGGUGUCACUGCUGCUUGACUCGAGCUUCGAGUUCGGGGUCUUCACGCACGACCUCACCAUGCGUGGCGGAGCCUUCCAGAACAGCGUGCUCCGCAAAAAGGACUUUCAGACCUAUUUCGAGAUCGAGAGCCUAGAGGUCUGGGGGUGUGGAGGAGACGAAGAAGCUAAGCGCCAAGCAGCGGAGUGGGCAUUUGAAGAGAGAGAGGCCGAGGCGAGGCGGCGUAUCAACCUGGGCACCGGGGACAUCGAGGCCGACAGGGCUCUGCUUGAGCUUGCGGGACUCGUGGGUGGUACCAACCGAAGUGGUGGUUCAAUGGCUUAG